CCCUGAGGCUCUCUGGUCAAUAUUUGGUGGCGAGUCUUCCUGAUUUGGUGACCACCAUGGGGAACGGAUUAUCAGACCAUCACUUCCUCUGCCUGCCGUCCUUCCAGGCGCUCCACAUCGUCAUUCUGGGUCUGGAUUGUGCAGGAAAGACCACCGUGCUGUACCGCCUGCGCUUCAAUGAGUUUGUGAACACUGUCCCCACUAAAGGUUUCAACGCGGAGAAGAUCAAAGUGUCGCUGGGAAGCAACAGGCGGACAGCUUCCUUCCACUUCUGGGAUGUAGGAGGUCAGGAGAAGCUGCGGCCUCUGUGGCUCUACACCCGCUGCGCUGACGGCAUCGUGUUCGUGGUGGACUCCGUCGACGCCGAGCGCAUUGAGGAGGCCAAAACGGAGCUGCACAAGAUAACGCGGCUGGCGGAGAACCAGGGCGUGCCAGUGCUGGUCGUGGCAAACAAACAGGACUUGAGGAACUCCCUGAGCCUGGCGGAGAUGGAGAGCAUGUUGGCUCUGGGCGAGCUCAGCACGGCGACGCCCUGGCCUCAGCCGGCGUGUGCGAUCAUCGGCGAGGGUCUGCACGAGGGGCUGGAGAAGCUGCACGCCAUGAUCAUGAAGAGGAGAAAGACGUUGCGGCAACAGAAGAAGAAGAGAUGAUGUGGGAACUUAAAAAAAAAAAAAAAAAAAAAACACAAAACAUGUGAGCUGGAUCUAAAGCUACAUAAGAACUAAUCAUUGGGCUGACCUCUGGUCUCUGAUUGGCUGAGUUUGAUCCCCUCCGGUGGGACUGGUGCGUUCAGGUCAGAGGAGGACGGUGGGAUUGAUUUUGCCACGUGGACUCUGAACGUCAACAGCAACAAGUCAAUCUUUACAAAGUCCAGUGUCGUGCUGCGCAGCGGCCGGCUAUGAAGUUUACUGAACUCUUUAAACGAGCUGCGACUCGUCUGUUUUAAGUCGUUUGUAAGAAUAUGUGCUGCUUAGCUGUUCAGAAACAAUCAAUCUUUAUAUUUUUAUCCUACCAAAGCUUGUAUAGAGACGGCCGACGGGACAGUAUUAGAGCAAAAAAUAUCAAAAGUAUUUUAUAUUCAUGUUGCACAAUGUGAGCCGGAAACAUGUCAACACAACAAUCAUGAAAACAAUGAUUCUAAAAGACUUUUCUACAUGUGGCCGGAUGCUUCAGAUGUACGGAGCCAGGAGACAUCGAGCCGAGUCGCGCUAAUCAGACAGAAGCCGAAUGAAGGUGAUGUCCCACUGACAGAUUGACCAGAAUGCAUUGCAGUCACUUUGAGUAAGGGACCUUUUUGUUGCAGUAAUCAAUGCAUUACCAAACGUCGUAUUGCUGAAUUGUUACUAGAUUCAUGAACGUCACCGUCUUUUUAAGUCGUGAUUUUAUUUAUAUUUUUUUAUAGCAGUAAGAAAAGCUCAAAUGAUUUCUGUUCCUACUUAUAUGAGUAGCCAAAUAGCUGGCUGGCUAACAAUACUUUCGAAGUGUUAACCAGCUCGCUAGCUGUUUCUCCUGCUGAGACAAUCGAUGCUGACUCAAAAAGAUCAGUUUUGUUGAGGCUAAUAGAGUUUUCUACAGAGACGCUAAUCGAGUGGAGAGCGAACCUGAAGAAGCCACUGUGUGAAAGGCGUUGUUCGCUCCCAUGUUUUAUAUGCAUCGAACUUUAAAGUCACUCUGGACCAUCCUGGUGCGCCCUGGAUUACUCCGAUCUCAAAAGCUGUCUGCUCGUGCUCUAGCUGCAAAACUCUCAAAACUCUUCCUUAAGCUUAGUUUCCUGGCCCCAACAGGAAGCGCACAUUCCUUAGCUUAGCAUGUAAGUCGAGGGUUGUCUUGCGAAGAUGAGCUGCCUCGUGGACACUGAUUCGGCUUUCACGCUUUAAAAAAAAAAAACAUUAUUAUUGUCUUGUUUGUGUAGCUAGCGAGUGCCAUUGCUGGACUGUGUGCAAUAAUCAUUUUUGUAAUCAUUGUUUCCUCACGAGCUGAAAUGAACCGGCUGGCCCCGAUAGCCAAUGAAAUUCUUAAUUUAACACAAGCCCUUUUCAGACCGCCGCUUCGAGCUGGGAAAUGACGCACCUGUGACGUUUGGCGGUCAGUCUGAAAGUCGCAGAGGUGUAAUGGCGGGGGUAGAAGUGACCCUGCCCUCCAGCGGGGGGGAGCGCAGCGCCUGUGUGCGCGUGCAUGUCUGACUGUGUGUAUGUCAACCCUUCAACUGUGCUUCUGCAACGCCCAAACUUAAUGUGACUUAAGACAGGGACACCAAUAUUAGCACCCUGAGCGGAGCGAUUAAUUAGCUCACCUUCUAACAUUAGCAUAACUAGCACCCCUUUGUUGACACUGAUUUGGCCACCGAGCUCAACAGACAGCGAUGAUUUUCUCAUCUUCCUGGAUCGGCUGUGACACAUGUUCCAUCAUUUUUUGUAUUUUUGAGUUUUAGUUCUCGUUCAGUGAUUUGUACUUGUGAAGUGUCUGCGUGCGAUGCAUUAUUAACUGUGAAAGAAAAGGUUCCACACAAGGCUAUUUGUUACUCCCAUGGGGUAAAAUUGGAGAGGAACUGGAUUCACCCAAACAGUAAAGGAGCUCAUCAGAAGACUGAUGACUUUAAAGACACUUUCAAAGCUAUCUGUCGUCUCUCUGAGUGGCUGUUAAAGGUGAGAUGUUUUGGUUUCGCUACCCACAAAGAUCCACGGGUCCUCUCUGCUCAGCGGGAAUGUCCCCUCGGCUGCCUCUCCAAACAGACUCCCCUCAACGCGACGACACAUUCACAUGGUCAGAGAAUGCACUUUACCAAAAACAAAAAAACUGACCUUCAAAGGACGCAGAUAGAAAUCUGAAAGAGGUGAAAUAUUGCUUCAAAAGAAGCGUUUGACUUAUAAGAUAUGUUGAUACUGUUGUCAUUCUUCAGCUCUGUUUGCAGGGUGUUCAUAUUUAUGUGUUUGGAAUAAAGAAACUGAAGGACAGUGA